AUGUCACCAACGGCCCCUGCCGUCCAGCACGAACUAUCCGAUGCACCUUCAUACCAGGCUAUUGGCAAUAGCAAGUAUGAUCAGCACAAUGCGGAAGCGCAAGAACUGUUAUCCAUUGGUUCGUUGGCUCCUAGCCUUGACGCUUCGGUUGCAGGACGUGCAAAGGCUGCUAUUCUGAGGAUAGGCAUUGUUAUGGACCUGCCAGAGUGGACAGGGGCCCUCCACGGUCUCAACAUCAUUGCACCAGGGAGACACGGGCAUCACAGUGCCCGCCUGAUCCGCCAUGGACAUGCCACGAGACAGAUAUCGCCUCAUUUCCCCAUCUCCAGACUGCUCGGAGGGUCAACUCCCGUCGACGAGGACGAGACGUGGGUGGUGAGAGCAGAGCUGACAGUGGAGUGGACUCGUCUUUGUGGCGUUUGGGUCAAGGCUUUCGAUAUCACGGAGCUCUGCUUAGAGUGGCCUGCGAGAAAGGAAGGCUUCCUUGCUAUAAUGAUACCCUCGCUAGAGAAUGAACUACUGGGCUCGUGUGUUCGAGGUGUGAGAGCCACCUGCUGCCAAUCUCCGGGUACUUCUAACUCGAAUACAUUCAAAGGAUCUGUGCAAGUGCUUAGUUUGCGCAAGGUCUGCCACUGUAACUAG